CCGCCCAUUUAGAUUAGAUCCGGUUCAGGAGCUCACGUCACUCUCAACAGUUGUUUUCUGCGUCUCGAAUUUUUUAUUUUUAUUUUUAUUUUUAAACCUUUUCAGGUUUUCUUAAAAUGUUUGUUUAAAUCUCAGCGCUAGUUGGUGUUCUGCGUCUCUUUACUCGCAAGCAUUUUGUUUUCUUUCAUCCUACAAGAUAAUCUAUUGUUAGUUAGCACGCUAUGGUUAUUUAGCAUUAGCAGUUAGCUAGCACCCUAUGUUUAUUUAGCAUUAGCAGUUAGCUAGCACCCUAUGUGUAUUUAGCAUUAGCAGUUAGCUGCUAAGACGAGGUACAGUAAUAAUAAUGAGGGUCUCAGUAGUGCUAUUGUGGGGUUAUAGUGGUUUCCUCAUCAUAAGUAGUUUCUCAUUGUUUAUUCACGGUAAUAGUAACAGCAAUAGUAAUGAUAAUGAUGAUGAAUGGCUGGAUCCAUUUGAUAUGCUUAAGUACGAUUCAACAUCAAAAAGCAUGAGGAAGUUUGCAGAGGCUUCCAGCUACAAUAAUGUACCGACUAAAAGAAGGGAAUACAGUGAAGAUUCGCAUGAACUGCCUCAGUGUCCAGACAUGAAGGAGUGCACUGACAAAGUCAACAUGCUGCAACGAGAGAUUGAGGAGCACAGAAGGACGGUGACAUUUUCCUCACAACAGCCAACAUGUAAUCCUGUGUUCAAGCGUUUCCUCGCAAAGCUUCUAAAGGAAAUUAAUAAACUUGGCUUGCCCUCUGCUGUGACUGCUGAAAUGCACUAUGAUGCUGAGGUAAAACUUUCCAGGCAAAUGGUGUCAGAAAUCCAGAAACUUGUGAAUGAUGACAAUGGCUGGAGAUCUGGUGCUCUAGAUGAUGCUCUUAGUAACAUACUUAUCAACUUUAAACUUCAUGACUAUGAGGCAUGGAAUUGGCGCUUUGAGGACACAUUCGGUGUGGAGCUCAACACUAUUAUCAAGGCCUCUAUUGUUGUCUUCAUCAUUGUGUGCAUAAUCUGCACCGAGAUGUGGUCAGUGGUUUCCUGGUUUGUCCAGUUUAAGAGAAUGUUUGCCAUAUGCUUCUUUAUCAGUCUGGUGUGGAACUGGUUCUACCUCUACAAGAUUGCCUUUGCUGAACACCAGGCCAAAGUUAUAAAAAUGGAGAAUUUCAAUGGUAAAUGCACCGGAGUGAAGAAAAUUGACUGGAUGGAUAAUUUCAAAGAAUGGUUUCGGACCACAUGGACUCUUCAGGAUGAUCCCUGUAAGCAAUAUUAUGAAGUCCUGAUUGUGAAUCCAGUCCUGCUAGUGCCUCCAACAAAGGCCAUCACUAUAACCAUGACAACAUUUAUUACAGACCCCCUGAAACAAUUUGGAAAAGGCAUUAGUGAGUUUCUCAGGGCUCUACUGCAAGACCUGCCUGUUACUCUCCAGAUACCCGUGCUUCUUCUAAUCGGGCUAUCGAUACUGGUAUUUAUAUACAGCAUUGGCCAAGCUGCAGUACACCAUGCUGUUCUUAGGCCUCUGCGAGGUAGCCGUCAGGAUCCCCUACCCAGCACUACACAGCAGCCUGCUGUUCCUCAAUUGCAGAAGCCAGCAGAGCACAGAGAAGAAGAGAGGGACUUGUUAGCAAAAGGUGGUGAUAACUGCACUGCACAGAGCAGACACCAUAUAGGACAAGAGGUCAACAAAGUCAACCCGAGGGUUAACCAAGGGGACAACAUAUCUGAAAUUCGCCAGAGGAGACCCAACAAACAAAGGCAUGAGCAGCAAAGGGUAUAUGUAGAAACCCUUCGGAAUGCAGACAGCCUUUACAGUGGGGACAAAGCAGACACUAGGCAGGAAGCAGCAGAUAAGGACUGGGAUCAGCAUGUUGAGGAAGAACCUUGCAUGCUUAGUAAUGAGCAAAAGGAGGAAAAUUUGGCAUCUGUGUCCAGUGCAGAAAGAGAAACCUCUCAUGGUUCUAAAAUAGAAUGGAAAGGUAACAAAACGUCAGGAAAUACUGAGAGGGAUGAGGUAGGAGAGUCGGCAAGCAGAGAUGCAUCCAAAAAAGAAAACUGUGUUGAAAAUAUUGGCACUCCAGUUGAGGAUACUAUGUAGCAUACCCUUUAAGGGUUUUUUUUUUGUUUGUUUGUUUGUUGUUUUGUUUGUUUGUUUUUUAUAAUUACAAUAAAAAAAUAUUUUAUACUC